AUGGCGACGAAACGAGCUGUUGAUUGGCGCAAGUUGCCGGUGAGCCUCACCGAACUCUGCAUUGACACGACACUGCGAUGCGGCCAGUCGUUUAGGUGGCGAAAGCUCAACGACGAAUGGAUUUGCACAUUACACGGGAGGAUAUUGUCUUUGAAGCAAGAUGCAACUCAUUUACACUAUAAAGUGACCUGGCCAGAAUAUCAGGGGCAACGUUCUUCGCCUGGCUCAUCCUCCAAAGAGUUGCUACCCAGAAAGGACGAUACAGAGGAUCUUCUUCGCCAUUAUUUCAGCCUGGAUAUAGAUCUUGCCUCUUUGUAUCAACAGUGGUCGAGAGAUGACCCAAACUUCCGAAAAAAGGCACCCAAGUUUACAGGAGUUCGCAUUCUAAACCAAGACGCAUGGGAGGCGCUGAUAUGCUUCAUAUGCAGCAGCAACAAUAACAUUUCUCGAAUCUCCCAAAUGGUACAUAAGCUUUGCAAGCACUAUGGCACGUUUAUUGGUCAUAUAGAUGGGGAAGCCAUGCAUGACUUCCCUACUCCAGAGUCCCUAAAUGAAAAGAAGGUUGAGGCUCAUCUAAGAGAGCUCGGCUUUGGGUACCGUGCCAAGUAUAUCGCAGAGACGGCUCGCAUUAUUGCCCAAGAAAAACCUUUGGCAUGGCUUGACUCGCUACGCAACCCGGAUUUUCCUGCAUUCAACGCCGUUGCAGUCGUGGAUGGAUCGCAAUCUACCUACAAGGAUGCCCAAGCUGCGCUACUCUCUCUCACCGGCGUAGGUCCAAAGGUGGCCGACUGUGUCUGCUUGAUGGGCCUGGGGUGGGGAGAAUCAGUUCCAGUGGACACACACGUCCUACAGAUUGCCCAGCGAGAUUAUCGCUUUGGAAAAAAGGGGCCUAAAACUAUAAACAAGGCCAUGUAUGAUGCGAUUGGCGAUCACUUUAGAAGCAUAUGGGGCAAAUAUGCGGGCUGGGCUCAUUCAGUCUUAUUCACAGCCGAUUUACGAGAAUUUUCAGGUCGCAUGAAAGAAAAAGUGGAAGAAACGUCGCUUAAAGAAGAAACUUUAGCUUCACCAGAAAACCCUAGAGGGAAGAGGAAAGCGACUGUUGAAAUGGAGAAAAGGAUACAGGUGAAGAAAGAGGAUGAUACGAAGGAGAAUGUGAUUUUAGAAAUUGACACAACAAUCAAAAGGCGACGCACUAGGGCUCGGCCGUAA